ACCAUGUGGAAGGCGCUUGCUUUGCUGGCCCUGUUGGUGCUCAGCCCUGGUGGUGAUGGGCUGUUUCGCUCCUUAUACAGAAACGCCCAUGUUUCCACACCACAUAAGGGAGAUCCAGGACAGCCAUUAUUUCUAACUCCUUAUAUUGAAGCAGGGAAGUUUGCAGAAGGGAGACGGUUGAGCUCAGUGGCUCCUUUCCCAGGAUGGAAUUUGACAAGUUAUUCCGGCUACAUCACUGUGAAUAAGACUUACAACAGCAGCCUUUUCUUCUGGUUCUUUCCAGCUCAGAUAGAGCCGUGGAAUGCUCCAGUCGUCCUCUGGCUGCAGGGCGGGCCGGGAGGCUCAUCCAUGUUUGGACUCUUUGUGGAACACGGACCUUAUAUUGUCACAAGAAACACGACCGUGCGUGCCAGAGACUUUCCUUGGACCACUGUAUUUUCCAUGCUCUACAUUGAUAAUCCAGUGGGCACAGGCUUCAGUUUUACUGAACAUCUCCAGGGAUAUGCAGUGGAUGAGGACGAUGUGGCACGAGACUUAUACAGUGCACUUACUCAGUUUUUCCAGUUGUUCUCUGACUAUAAAGACAAUGACUUUUAUGCCACUGGGGAGUCUUACGCGGGGAAAUAUGUGCCAGCCAUCGCCCACUACAUCCACAUGCUCAACCCCGUGAUGACCAUGAAGAUGAACCUGAAGGGAAUUGCUCUUGGAGACGCGUAUUCUGAUCCCGAGUCAAUCAUACAGGGCUAUGCACCAUUCCUGUUCCAAAUUGGCUUGUUGGAUGAGAAGCAGAGAAAGUACUUCCAGAAGCAGUGCGAUGAGUGCGUGAAAUACAUCCAGGAGGAGAAGUGGUCUCAGGCCUUUGAAUUACUGGAUAAACUACUAGAUGGUGACUUAAUAAGCGAGCCUUCCUACUUCCAGAACGUUACAGGAUGUUCUAAUUACUACAACCUUUUACAGUGCACGGAACCUGAGGACCAAAGUUACUACAGGAAAUUUUUGUCCCUCCCACAAGUGAGACAAGCCAUCCACGUGGGAAACCAGACUUUUAGUGAUGGAUCCGAAGUUGAAAAGUACUUGCGAGAAGAUACAGUAAAGUCAGUGAAACCAUGGUUAACUGAAAUCAUGAACAAUUAUAAGGUUCUAAUCUACAAUGGCCAACUGGACAUCAUCGUGGCAGCUCCCCUGACAGAGCGCUCCUUGAUGGCCAUGAACUGGAAAGGAUACCAGGAUUAUAAGAAGGCAGAAAGAAAAGUUUGGAAGGUCCUUAAAUCUGAUCCUGAAGUGGCUGGUUAUGUACGGCAAGUGGAUAGCUUCUGUCAGGUAAUUGUUCGAGGUGGAGGCCACAUUUUGCCCUAUGAUCAGCCUUUGAGAUCUUUUGACAUGAUUAAUCGAUUCAUUUUUGAAAGAGGAUGGGAUCCUUAUUGA